GUGGUGUGCUUCUCCCCGGUUACACUCCAGGACAACUCCGUGUAUGGUGUGCUUCUCCCCGGUUACACUCCGAGCGGCUUUUAAAUGCAGCUAAGCUAGCUAACAAUUAGCUAGCUCCAGUUACCUGAGACGACACUGGAACAAGUUGUUUUCAACUCACCUGGAUAAGUUUUCAACUCACCUGGAUAAGAGACAAUCGAACAAAUUGUUUUCAACUCACCUGGAUAAGUUUUCAACUCACCUGGAUAAGAGUAGACACUCGAACAAGUUGUUUUCAGCUCACCUGGAUAAGAGAUACGGGCUUCAAACAUGUCGAGCUCCACCCGAGUCAAGCUGCCAACCGAGUGGAAGGACGACGAGAGGAUGAAUUUUCUCUUCUCGGACUUUAAGGAGAGCCGCGACGUGAACACAACAGACUGGGACAGCAAGAUGGACUUCUGGACGGCUCUGGUCCUACAAAGCUGCAGAGACCGCACUCGUGUGUGCCUCAGUCUGCACGACCUCAAUAAGACCUUCCGGAGGAAGGAGAGAUCACCCAUGGGGUUGGCAACUGUCAUCCAGUCCUUGUCCAGAUGUGGGAAGCUGCAGAGAGAGUCGGAGUUUGCUGCCAAUGUGGAUUGUGGCUGGUUGUCUUGGGGCGUUGGCCUUCUGCUGGUGAAGCCUCUGAAAUGGACCUUCUCCUCUCUGCUGGGAAGCAACUCCGUGCCUUUGGAGGAGUCUUUUGUUGUCAUUGAACUAGUGAAGGAGAAAGCAGCUGAAGUACUGGAUAUCUACUGGAGCAGUGAACAUGCAAGCCGCUCUAUCUUGUCAUUUGAAGAGCUGUGUACUCUCACCUCCAGUGUGUGUGCUGAUGAAAACACUCUGUGCAUGGCUCUGCUGCAGCUGCAGAGGGACAAACAAGUCAUGGUCUCCUUACACCAGGGGGAUAAGAUUGUUAAGUUUUGCCAAGCAGGACAAGGUCGUGUCUCCACAGUCAACCAUUUAGAGAUCGGCGUCUACCAGUUGCAGCGUAGUGAGAAACUGCUGGAGGAGAGGCUGGACAAACUGAGCCUGGAGGCUGAUAAGUACAAAGAGGAAGCAAGACUUCUGCUCCAGGAAGGAAAGAAAGCACAGGCACUGAGGUGUUUGCGAGGGCGGAAGAGAGGAGAAAAGAGAGUGGAUGGCUUGUUUGGCCAGCUGGAGUCCAUCCGAGGAAUCCUGGACAGAAUAGCUCAGUCCCAGACUGAUGAGAAGGUUCUGCAAGCGUACCAAGCAGGAGUUGCCAGCCUUAGGUUCUCUCUCAAGGACGUGACGCUCCAACGUGCCGAAAGCCUCGUCGAUCAAAUCCAGGAGUUGUGUGACAAACAAGAUGAUGUCAACCAAACCAUUUCUGGAGCAGUGACCUGUGCAGAUGAAGACAUGGAUGAGUUGGAGGAAGAGCUGAAAUUGUUAUUGGACGAAUCCAAGCCGCAUCCCGAAGUUCCAACAGAGCACCUGCCGAACGUCCCAGGUGACGACCUGCUGGAUUUUCUGCCCGCCGUCCCUCAAAGUGACCUGAACGUCAGCACCAAGCAGCUGGAGGAAGAACUCAAACUGCUCACUCUCUAAGAUUCAGGUAUCCAGCACCUGGACAACAGUUGGAACACAGUUUGCAUGACAGCGACAAGU